AAUAUGAAAAUCCAUAAAAGAAUUAAAUAUAUUAAAAAUUAUUCUAAAAAAUUUUAACAAAAUUCGAAAUAUAAAUGUCUAUGCCAUUUUGCCAGUGUAAGCUCAGGAACGAAUGGGAGCACGCAUACGGCCAUGCUAAUAGUUAUAAUAGAAGGCCACACGAAGACCCCGAUUAUUUGGAUCAGCAUGCCUGGGAUUUCAUACGCACAUUCAGCGAUCAGACGCAUAAAAAUUAUUUGUUAGCUCGCCACUUGAAGGCCACCUCGAACGGACAGUGGAAAACAUUGCAAUGGCUUAUGCAAGGAGACCUGGAUGCGAUCUUAGACACGCGGUUGGCCAAAAAAACAUCUGGUAAAGGUGCAGAGACCGCAAAGUCACACGCCAGCCAGGAUAAGGUCGAUAAAAAUUAUUUGUCAGCUCGUCACUUGAAGACUACUACUCAUGGACAGAGAAAAUCAUUGCAAGAGCUAAUGCACGGAGACCGGGAUGCGCUUUUGGACAAGCACAUUGCAAACAGAACAUAUGGUACUGGUGCAAACACCGCAACGGCAUAUGCUAGCCAGAAGAGUGUCGAUAAGUCAAGAUAUGUGCCUUUAACCAAUUAUUUUGGUCCGGAAAAUAUUAAACGGUUAAUAUCCCAGAAACAUGGAUCUCAACAUGUUUUAGACUUCGCCGUAAAUAAAGACGAAAAGCAAGAUCAUUUUCAUGCAAGUCAAUUCAAACAAAAAGAGGUAAAAACAGUGAAACGCGGUUUAGGAUUCACUACUGGAUUCCCGCGUAUUGAUAAAGACCUCGAGCGAGCUGGGGGAAGGAGAUAUCUAACAGAAAUAAAAUUUCAGCGUAGUAAACAAAAGAACCAAAUGAAGAAUUUCAUAAAAACUAUGAACCAAUUUUAUGCAGAUGUUACAGAUCCCCAGCCUAUGGAUGUAGACAGUGUGGAGUUGAUGCAAGCACUAGAAGAGGAAUUCUAUAAAACUUACUCAUAUAUGAGUAUGAGACCCUCAAAUAGCGAGGAGGAACAAACAAAGCUGCGUCUGUCUGCGGUUGUCAGAAUGCUAAAAAGCAUGCCAGGCUAUGAAGCUUUUGAGCGUGUUUUGUAUCAUGAGCCUUUUGAUCGCGACAGACCAUGGACCUUUAUGCGGACUUUCCCCAAACGUAUUCCCAAGGAAUAUUUGAAUAGAGUAUCGCAGCACAUAGUAUCUGAUAUGAAAACAUGGAAACGCCAGCAAAAGAUUAUUGCCUUGACAUAUUCUCCAUCCAAACAAGUUACAGAUACUGCUCGUAGGCUCCAAAAGAAACGUGGACGGAAAAAUUUAAAAAGUCAAAACCCAAAAGAGCCCUUAGAUGAUGACGACUAUUAAUUGUGUUGACA